GCGCGGGCAGCCAUGGGGGAGCUGGCGCUGGCCCUCCUGGCUCUUGCCGCCCUGCACGGUGCUGGGGCACCAGAGCCCCUGGAGAACGACUUGGAGCCAGGCAAGAGCGGCACGGCGGCGAAGCCCUGGAAAGCAGCCCCCAGCCUGGCAGACCUCGACCUGGACACGGCAGGCGGAGGAGCCGAGUGGACGUCCUGGUUCAACAUCGACCACCCCGGAGGGGACGGGGACUACGAGAGCCUGGAGGCCAUUCGCUUCUACUACCGGGGGCGCGUCUGUGAGCGGCCGGUGGCCAUCCAGGCCCGCACGACCGAGUGGGAGCUGCCCGAGGAGGUGGGCGAGGUGGUGCACGUCAGUCCCAAGAAGGGUUUUCGCUGCAUCAACAAGGAGCAGCCGCGGGGCAAGACCUGCUCCAACUACCACAUCCGCUUCCUCUGCCCGCUGGAGUGCAUCCCCGCCGCAUCCCACCCCUCCCCGGACCCCGCUGGCACUUUGGGCACCGCCGCCAACGUCAGCGCCCACCGUGAGGGCUACGCCCCGGGACUGGCACCCAUCAUCUCCAACGGCUCCGGCGUGGCGGUGGCCCACGUGGUGCGGCAGCGGCUGGAGAAGCCCUACAUGGUGCUGCACCCCAAGACGAAGGUGCGGGUGGCCGGGCAGGAGGUGACCUUCUGCUGCAAAGCCUCGGGCACCCCCGUGCCCAAGAAGUACUACUGGUACCACAAUGGGACGCUGCUGGACAGGAAGGUGCACCGGUAUGGCAGCCGCCUGGUGCUGCGGGGGCUGGCGCCGGAGCAGGCUGGCACCUACCACUGCAAAGCCAGCACCGAGGCGGGUGCCAUCAAAUCGGCGCCAGCACAGCUCACCGUCCUGGCCCAGGGCCAGCAGAGCUGCAAGCUGGAGCCUGAGCCAAGCCUCGUGGAGCUGCCCAGUGAGUGCCCACAGGAUGCCACCGGCUCCCGCUACUACAACGUGGGUCGCUGCCCGCCCGCCCCGUGUGCCGACAGCCCGGCCGACCAGUCGGAGUGCGGGGCAGACGCGGGGCGCUGCUGCGGGGUGCGGAGGAUGGAGAUGCGGGAGAUCCCCUGUGCCGGCUCCCUGCUGCCCGUCAAGGUGGUGGCUGAGUGCGGUUGCGGGCCCUGCGCCCAGCCCCGCGUCCUGGUGCAGGGACGGGUGACAGCGGCCGACACCGGCGAGCCCCUGCGCUUCGGGCAGAUCUUCCUGGGGGGGAGGAAGGUCGGCUUCACUGGCUACAAGGGCUCCUUCACCAUCGAGGUGCCGCCGGACACGCAGCGCUUGGUGGCUCGCUUCGUGGACCGGCAGCAGAGGUUCGUGGAUGCCGUCAAGGUCCUGCCCUUCAACCGCCGCGGUGGUGCCGUCUACCAGGAGGUCAAGAUGCUGCGGAAGAAGGAGCCGGUGGACCUGGACGGCAGCCAGAGCAAUGCCAUCCCGCUGGGGGAGUUGAGCGGCCAGGAGCCCGUGGGGGAGCUCGUCCUUCCCGCUGGCGCCUUCCUCCGUCCCUCCGGGGAGGUCUUCAAGGGCAUUGUCAAAGCCAGCGUCACCUUUCUGGACCCCAGGGACAUGGCAACAGCCAGCGCCGCCUCCAGCGACCUCAGCUUCACCAAUGCCGAGGGGGAGAUCGUUCCCCUGCGGACCUACGGCAUGUUCGCCGUGGAUUUUCGGGAAGGGGAGACUGGCGCGGCACUGCAGACGGGGCCGGUGGAGGUGCGGAUGGACGCGGGGCAGGUCCAGAUGCCGGAGCACCUGCAGAAGAUGAAGCUGUGGUCCUUGAACCCCGAAACUGGCUUGUGGGAGGAGGAGGGGGUCCUCCGGCCAGCCAGGGGGAACCGGGGGAAGAGGGAGGAGAGGACUUUCCUGGUGGGGAACCUGGAGAUCCGGGAGCGGCGUCUCUUCAACCUGGACGUGCCGGAGGACCGCCGGUGCUUCGUCAAGGUCAGGGCUUACAGCAACGAGAAGUUCAACCCCUACGAACAACUAGAAGGGGUGGUCAUCAGCCUCAUCAACCUGGAGCCCCAGCCCGGCUAUCCUGCCAACCCCCGGGCAUGGGGUCGCUUCGACAGCGUGGUGACGGGUCCCAACGGUGCCUGCCUGCCCGCUUUCUGCGAUGGCCAGCGCCCCGAUGCCUACUCAGCGUACGUCACCGCCACGCUGGGCGGGGAGGAGCUGGAAGCCGUGGCCUCCAGCCCCAAGCUCAACCCCAACGCCAUCGGCGUGUCCCAGCCCUACCUGGGCAAGCUGGGCUACCGCCGGUUGGACCACGAUGACCCCAACUUGAAGAAGACAGCUUUCCAAAUCAACGUGGCCAAGCCCGACCCCAACAAUGUUGAUGAGACCAAUGGUCCCAUCUACCCUUACCGCAGCCUCGAGGAGUGCGAGGAGGCGCCGGUCAGCGCCAACCACCUCCGCUUCUACCGCGUGGAGGUGGACAAGUACGAGUACAACGUGGUGCCCUUCAAGGAGAGUGACCUGACCUCCUGGACCGGUGACUACCUCUCAUGGUGGCCCAACCCUCAGGAGUUCAGGGCUUGUUUCAUCAAGGUGCAGAUCGAGGGGCCGCAGGAGUACAUGGUGAGGUCCCGUAAUGUGGGGGGCAGCCACCCCCGUACCCGGGGGCAGCUCUACGGGCUGCGUGACACCCGUAGCGUGCGGGACACGCUGCUGGAGAACACCUCGGGCGCCUGUGUGGAGUUCAAGUGCAGCGGGAUGCUCUUCGACCAGAGCCUGGUGGAUCGCACCUUGGUCUCCAUCGUCCCCCAAGGCAGCUGCCACCGCACAGCCAUCAACAGCCUCCUCCGGGAGUACCUGAGCCGUCACCCGCCCGUGGCGGAGAACAACCACACGGCCGCCUUCACCAUGCUGGCGCCAGUCGACCCGUUGGGUCACAACUAUGGCAUCUACACGGUGACGGACCAGAACCCCCGGCUGGCUAAGGAGAUCGCCAUCGGCCGCUGCUUUGACGGCACCUCCGAUGGCUUCUCGCGGGAGAUGAAGGCAGACGCCGGCACGGCUGUCACCUUCACCUGCCGGGAGCGGCCGGCGGGGCGGGAGAGCGUCUUUCCAUACCUCAUACCCCGAGAACCCCGUACCCCUACCCCAGGUACCCCAUACCCCUAG